GUUCAAACAUCCCGCCUUCCCCGCGUGCGUCACGGCAGUCCGCUCUUCUCAAGUCCUAUUGGCUAGAAUCCACGUCUCUCAGCGCUACGGGAGCAGAAGAAGAGGGAAGGGGCCUUCUCCCGCCGCGAGAAGAUGACGUCACAGUAGCGGGUUAGGCGCCCUCGGUUGCUCCGGGCCCUCUGCUAGCUGACUGGUGCUGACUGAAAACCCCUGUGUUGGCGACGCCGUCGCCAUGACCAUCUGUCAAUUCUUCCUUCAAGGCCGUUGCCGCUUUGGAGACCGGUGCUGGAACGAACAUCCCGGUGCCAGGGGUGCAGGCGGGGGACGGCAGCAGCCACAGCAACAGCCCUCAGGUAGUAACAGACGUGGAUGGAAUACCACCAGCCAGAGAUAUUCCAGUGUCAUUCAGCCAUCCAGUUUCUCCAAACCAACACCAUGGGGGGGCAGCAGAGAUCAAGAAAAGCCAUCUUUCAGCUCUUUUGAUUCUGGAGCCUCAGCUAGUAGGAACAGGGGCUUUGGAUUGUCAGAGAACCCAUUUGCUUCACUUAGCUCUGAUGGACAGAAAGAUGAAAAGAAACUUCUAGAAGGAAUUGUAAAAGAUAUGGAGAUUUGGGAAUCAUCAGGGCAGUGGAUGUUUUCCGUUUAUUCACCAAUAAAAACAAAACCUAAUAUUUCAGGUUUUACAGACAUUUCACCAGAGGAGUUGAGGCUUGAAUACCAUAACUUCUUAACCAGCAAUAACUUACAGAGUUAUCUAAAUUCAGUCCAACAGUUAAUAAAUCAAUGGAGGAACAGAGUAAAUGAACUGAAAAAUAUAAACAUAUCAACUAAAGUAGCUUUGCUCUCUGAUGUAAAGGAUGGAGUAAAUCAAGCAGCACCUACAUUUGGAUUCGGUAGUAGGCAAACAACAACAUUUGGGUCACCAGGUUUUCCAGUUAAUAGCAGCAGCAGUGAUAAUGCUCAGAAUUUCAGUUUUAAAACAAACUCUGGAUUUGUCCCUGCCCCUUCUGGAAGCCCUUCUGGGUUCAGAAGUCCUCCAGCAUUUGGAGGUGUAUCUUCUGCCAGUUCUGCCAUCUCUACUUCUACUCCAGUUUUUGGAUUUGGGAAACCUGAAAUCACAUCUGCUGCUUCAUUUUCAUUUAAAAGCCCUGCAACUUCCACUUUUGGAUCACCCGGAUUUUCAGGAUUUUCAGCUUCCUCAGCAGCAGACCCUGUCAGAGCUCCACUGGCCCCGGCCUUUGGAAGUGUCAGUUCUGUGGCUGGUUUUGGUAGUCCGGGCUCACAUUCUUACAGUGCUUUUUCCAAGCCAUCUAAUGACACCUUUGGAAAUAGCAGCAUACCCACCUCUCUCUCAGUAUCAAACAGCAUCGUUGCAACAGAUAAUGUGUUAUUCACACCCAAGGAUAAACUAACAGUAGAAGAAGUAGAACAAUUUCAAUCCAAGAAAUUUACUCUGGGAAAAAUCCCAUUAAAGCCACCACCUGUGGAGCUUCUAAAUAUUUAAAAGGACAAUUUUAAAUACAAAAAAAGAAUGGCUUUAAAAUUAUUUUGAGUGGUUCGUAUAAAAGAGCAUAUAUCUAUAUAUACACACACAUAUAUGUAUAUACAUAUGCAUGUAUACAUAAGGAAUAUAAGUUUUCAAUAAUGACUGUAGGGGUUUUUAACAUUUUUUUCUUAAGCUUAUUUAAGUAAAUUGUAAUAAAGACUCAGCAAGCAAGGGAAUUUUUUUGUACUGUAAUUAUGAAUGAAUGGAACUGAAAAACUUAUGCACUAAAUAAAGUACUUAUUCUAUACCACA